CUCUGAACGUGCACUUGCGCUUUGGACAUUGGAAUUAUAAAACACUGAAUACCUAUGUGCGCCUUACCAUAACCGCACCGUGGGAUGGGGGCAACAUCACAAUCUCGUCAUUUCGUUGCCUGUUUCGUCUCAUACGAAUAGAAUUGAAGAUUGAACACUGUCAAGCGACGCCCAUUCAUUUCAUUCCAUUUGAUUCGGAGCAUGGCCGGCAGUGGCACCGGAGAACCAACGCAUUUAGAGCCUGAGAAACAGAGGCUCCUCAAGCACCACACGGAGAAGCACUUCACCGCCGGCGAGAUCGUCCGUGACAUCAUCAUCGGCGUUUCUGACGGCCUCACGGUUCCUUUCGCUCUCGCCGCGGGCCUUUCUGGCGCCAAUGCCUCCUCCUCCAUAGUCCUCACCGCCGGCAUCGCCGAAGUCGCCGCCGGCGCCAUCUCCAUGGGUCUCGGCGGUUAUCUUGCGGCAAAGAGUGAAGCUGAUCAUUACGCGAGAGAAUUAAGGAGGGAGCAAGAAGAAAUCGUCACUGUACCUGAUACUGAAGCGGCUGAGGUAGCGGAAAUACUUGCACAAUAUGGAAUUGAACCACACGAAUAUGCACCUGUGGUUAAUGCUCUUAGAAAGAAGCCGCAAGCAUGGCUAGAUUUCAUGAUGAAGUUUGAGCUAGGGCUAGAGAAACCAGAUCCAAGGAGAGCACUACAUAGUGCAGCGACUAUUGCUGUAGCAUACAUAUUAGGAGGACUUGUGCCUCUUGUGCCUUACAUGUUCAUUCCAAAAGCUACAGAUGCAGUUGUGGCCUCCGUUGUUGUUACUUUGUUUGCUUUGCUUAUCUUUGGCUAUGCCAAGGGACACUUCACUGGUAACAAACCCUUCAAAAGUGCACUCCAAACUGCUUUCAUCGGCGCCAUCGCCUCCGCAGCUGCCUUUGCCAUGGCUAAGGUCAUCCACCCUUAGAUUAUUGCUCUUUUGCUCUCUCAGUUUAACCCCUUUUUUUUGUGUUUUUAGAUUCGAAUUAGGAUUCUGCAAUCUAGCAUUUGUUACAGCCCUGUGAAUUGCACGAUAAUUGUUUUUUCAAUGUGUUUGUGAAGUGUUCGUUGAAGUUGAUGGAAGCUAAGCUUGAACUUGGUCGGGAACCUUUACUGUGUGCUGUCAUAUUAGAAUCGAAAUAUUUUUAAAUUAUAAUUAA